CUGUGUCCCUGUGUCCGCAGACGGAGAGAACGUAAAAUACUUUCUCAGACGAGCAAGUUUUGUGUCGUUUCCAGCGCCACUUCCUUCAGAGUAGUGCCCGGGAACGAAAAGAUCGCGCCUCGCACUCCUUGGAAGCUUUGGUCUUCGUUGCGGAAUGACGUGCUCUUCUUUUCCUCAAUGAAAGGUGGAAUUCGGAGAUAAAAAAGAGUAUAACUUAUUAGCUGCGGUGUUGCCUUAGCAGGGAGAGUCUUUCGAUUGUCAAUGAUGGGUGGGGAUAACUGCCUGGACGAACCUCCUCAAAUGCUUCCUCCUCCUCCUGGAACCUUUGUAGAUCGUGAAGAACUUAUCCAACACGUGGGUGAUUUUGCUGUAUCCCAGGGUUAUGUAGUGACAAUAAAGCAGUCUAAGAGGGACAAAUUCGUGAUCCUUGGCUGUGAUAGAGGUGGUGUUUAUCGUAAUAGGCGGAAACUUGCUGAUGAUUCCUCUGGAGAACAAAAUAGCCGUAAGAGGAAAAUGGCUUCUCGGCUAACGAAUUGUCCUUUUGAGGCCGUGGGCAAGAAGGAUGAUGGCCUGUGGAUUCUCACGAUUAAAAAUGGAACUCACAAUCAUGAGGCACUUAAGGACAUUUCUGAGCACCCUUCUGCCCGUCGCUUCAAUGAAAAUGAAGUUUUGCUCAUCAAAGAGAUGACGGAAGCUGGAUUGAAGCCUCGUCAAAUUCUAAAAAGAUUGAGACAGAGCAAUCCUGAGUUGAUGUCAACUCCAAAGCAUGUAUACAAUGUCAAAGCUAAAAUUCGACAAGGAAAUGUAACAGUCAGGAACUUCAAGUCAUUGAGACCCCAGACGUCUGCCAUGAUAAGCGACGAUCAAGCGGUGACUGAGCCAUCUUGGAGACAACGGAACCCUCCUAGGGUUCCCAAUCUCAUUGGUGGGAGAUUUGUUGAUUCACAGUCGUUUUCAUCUAUAGAUGUGAUAAACCCAGCAACCCAGCUAGUUGUUUCUCAGGUUCCUUUUACUACAAGUGAGGAGUUCAGAGCUGCCGUGUUCGCUGCAAAAAGGGCUUUUCCAUUGUGGCGAAGCAUAUCGAUUGCUUCUCGUCGGCGAAUUAUGUUCAAGUUCCAAGAGUUGAUUCAUAGAGAUAUUGAUAAGCUUGCCAUGACCAUCACUACUGAACAUGGAAAGCCAUUGAAGGAUGCUUAUGAUGAUGUUUGGUGUGGGUUAGAGGUUGUGGAGCACGCUUGUGGAUUAGCAACUACCCAAAUUGGCGAAUUUGCUCCAAAUGUAUCUAAAGGGAUUGAUUCUUACAGUGUGAGAGAGCCACUAGGUGUUUGUGCUGGUAUCUGUCCUUCUGAGUUUCCAGCAAUGAUUCCCUUAUGGAUGUUUGCUAUUGCUGUCGCAUGUGGUAACACCUUUGUUCUGAAGCCAUCUGAGAAAGAUCCAGGGGCUUCCGUGAUUCUUGCGGAGUUGGCAAUGGAGGCUGGAUUGCCUAACGGUGUCUUAAACAUUGUUCAUGGUACCAAUGAUAUUCUAAAUUCUAUAUGUGAUCAUGAGGAUAUUAAGGCCAUCACAUUUUCCGGUCCUGAGGCAGCUGGCGCUUACAUCUAUGCAAGAGCAUCUGCUAGUAGGAAACGCACUCAAUGCAACACGGGAGUGAAAAAUCACGCUGUCGUGAUGCCUGAUGCCAACAUGGAUGCCACUCUGAAUGCUCUAGUUGCAGCUGGUUUUGGUGCUGCAGGACAGAAGUGCAUGGCAAUCAGCAUGGCCAUCUUUGUUGGAGGUUUAAGUAGAUGGGAAAGUAAGGUAGUGGAGAGUGCCAAAGCAAUUAAAGUGAAUUCUGGAAAAGAACCUAAUGCAGAAAUUGGUCCAGUAAUUAGCAAACAGAUGAGGGAGAGAAUCUGCAGAUCAAUUCAAGCAAGUGUUGAAUGUGGUGCGAGACUUGUGCUUGAUGGGAGAGACAUUGUGGUUCCAGGAUAUGAACAGGGCAACUUCAUUGGUCCUACCAUCCUAUGUGAUGUGAGAGUCGACAUGGACUGUUGCAAGGAUGAAUCUUUCGGGCCAGUUCUCCUCUGCAUGCAGGUUGAAAGCCUUGAAGAAGCCAUAAACAUCAUCAACAGAAAUCAGAAUUGUGGGGGGGCAUCUAUCUUCACCUCGUCCAGCUUAACUGCAAGGAAAUUUCAGGCAGAGGUUGAAGUAGGACAGGUCGGUAUAAACAUCCCAGUUUCUGAUCCUUUGCCAGUUGCUUCAUUUAUCGGCUGCAGACCCUCUUUCAUGGGCGAUACCAGUUUCGACGGGAAAGCCGGAAUUCACUUCUACACCCAGAUGAAAAGAGUGACUCAAAAAUGGAAUGACAAUGUGAGUGUGGUAGAGAGCACCGAAGAAGGAUCCUGUUGACAGUAUAAGUAGUUACUUGUAGCUGUGCAAAUCCAAAUGAUUUUAUGUUAUGCUUUUCUUUUCUUUUAGUUAAAAAGUUUUCUGUAAAUAUUUGACGCCACAAAAUUCUACUUCUUUGUA